CAUCUCAUUCGCUCUCGAAACCCAUUCAUAGAAUUCUAACAAUUUCUCUCGCUCCUCAGAAGCACACAAACUUUAAUAAUAUCCCUCUCUACCAAUGGGAAAAAUUAGCAUUUCCCUUUUGCUCUUUCUUCUCUCUAUAGUGGUUGCAGUCGAGAGUACUAGUACUGGUCGACUGCAUCCACGCCUCCCUACCUUUGUGGAGACUCAAUGUAGAAAAACUCGUUAUCCGGAACCUUGUGUGACAUUUUUAUCCAACUAUGUGAAUCCAACAUCACAAGAUCCUCAAGAAAUUGUUCAUGCGGCCUUGAAAGUAAGCCUAGUUAGGGCUAUACAUACAAAAACGUACAUAAAAAAUGUCCUCAAGGAGCAUAAUAAGCAAAUGAAGGCUAAAGAUCAUCAAGCAAUAAAAGAAUGUUUAGAUGAAAUCUAUGAUGGUAUUUCCCAACUCACAAACUCAGUCAUAGAGCUUCAAAAUUUGAAUUUAAAUGGACAAGAAGAGUUUGUAUGGCAUCAAAGCAAUGUUCAAACUUGGCUUAGUACAGUAUUGACUGAUGCUUACACUUGUUUGAAUGGUCUAAAUUCAGGCCAUUCCAAGGGUGGUAAAGUGAUGGCUACAAUUAAAGCUAAGGUUCUUAAUGUUGCACAAGUUACUAGCAAUGCUUUGGCUUUGUUUAAUGGAUUUGCUUCUAAAUAUAAGUCUUCUCAUCAUGGCUAGGCUAGCUAUAAAAAAAAAUAAACAUUAAUUAUAUAGUGUUGUCAUAUAUGGUAUGUGUAUUUGUCAUUUAAUUAUUCAUUGAUUUCAUGGGUUUAA